UCCUCUUCCUCUUUUCACUUUGUGCGAAGGGCAUCACACCAUUCUGACUUUUUCAGACUGUGCCUGAAUGCAUCCUUUUCAGUCUGAAACUGUACCAGGUCAAGGAUUCUGUGUUUCUGUCAGUAUACAUCCUAUAAAACUGUCAAGCUGCGGUGAAUUAGACUUGAAGCAACUAGAGCAGCGUUAGAAAUCAAAAAAUAGAAUGUUAAAACCAAAUUGUCUGAUUUUAUCGUUCAAAUAGAUGAUAAUAAUUCAAUGGUCAUGAAAGGAAAGAUGAAAGCAGAUUUUUAAACGUAGUGACAAUGAGAUGGUGUACAUUUUUCAUGAGGUUUUUCUUCGUCACAAACGAAAAUGCUCUUUAAUAAAAUGUAAUAUAUUUAGCUCCUAAGGAUCCGAACAGGGAAUCGUAACCAGGGCUACUUCUACAGUUGCUAAGGAAGAGGUGAAAUGCAAAUGUAAAGUUAUUUUUUUUAAAUAACUUUUAAAUAAGUUAUUUUUUUUAAAUAACUUUACAGAAUAAAUUAAUUUCCUCUCAAGGUUCCAGGCGGUAGUGGCAUGAAAGCAAACUCAGCCACACCACUGUGAAAACUGACAGUACCGUAUGAAAAAUGAAAUCAAAAAUAUUCAACGGCCUCCAAAUUAAUUAGGAUAUGAUGCAUUUUGACGUGACACAUUAUCCGCCGGCGACAACAUAAAAUCCUUUUUGCAGUAAAGUGACUGCAGCUGACUGCAUUUAUUAAAUAACCUAUUCUCUCACGGCCCCUCUUGUGGGGUCACGACCUCUGCCCACCUAUGGCAGUGCAGAGCAAUGUUGUGGAUGUAAUAUUGUGUAUUUGCCACAAUUAUUCACCUUGUCAAGAUCACUUGUGGCCAUUUACACAUCAAAACAGAGCUGCAUGCUUUUGCAGGCUGAAGUUGUCGGACGAGGGAGCUGAUAAGGAGAGGGGAGAUGAAUGAAAAUGGAUCAAAAAUAAGUCUAGGAAUCAAAAUGAAAACAGAUGGAGCAGAGUUGUCUGUUUUGGAUUUAUACCAAUGGAUUAAGGAAGAAGUGUGCGUGUGUGUGUGUGCUCACAGUUGUGUCUGACCGCUGGGGUCGGAUCAUAAAGACUGACAGAGGUCAGUGUGACGGCCAACAUCCUCCAUCACUGUCGCUGUCUGAUGGGGAGUGAGAGGGAGCGCAGACGGAGCCGGGCCGGAUGUUUCUGUCACCUCGGCGAGGGAGCGGAGAACAGAGUUGAGAAGUCUGAGGGGUCCAAACCAGCCCUGCGCGAUGGCGCUGCUGCAGCAGAUGCGCUCCCCCCGCCUCUCCUUUAUCCAGACGGUCGUGUCGCUCUUCCUGAGCGGCGUCGCCCUGCUGUCCUCCAACUGGUGCGUGGGUAAGCAGAAGGUGCCCAAGCCGCUGUGUUCGCCCACCAAGCACAGCAACUGCAUCCCCGUCCCCGGCGUGUCCAACUCCUCCAGCGUGCUGUUCUCCUGGGACACGGGCGACGACCGCUUCGUCUUCCCCACCUUUCACACUGGCCUGUUCGUCACCUGUGAGGAGAACAUCUACACAGACGCGUGGGAGGAGAAGUGUCGGGGGUUUCACACUUUGACCCCGGGAUCAGAAAAAGCGAUGAUGUGGCUGUCACUGUCGUUGGAGCUCAUGUAUGUAGGCCUGCUGCUGAUCAGCUGCACGCUGCUGUCUGUGCAGCUGUGCAUCAGGGCCUGGUUCCCCUCCACACAACGCUGGGGCCAAAUGCUCAAUGCUUUCGCCGCCGUCUUCACAGUCUUGGGAGGUCUGCUUGGGAUGGUGGGUCACAUGAUGUUCAUGCAGGUCUUCCAGGCCACUGUCUCAAUGGGACCAGAAGAUUUCAAACCUCACAGCUAUGGCUACUCCUGGGCAUUCUAUGCGGCCUGGUUAGCCUUCACUGUCUGCAUGUCAGCUGGUGUCUCCACUCUCAACAACUACACCAAGAAGGUCUUGAUGGUGGGACCCAGGUGCAGCUCUGGCCUCAACCCCUGCACCUUCAACUUUGUGGGGCUCCCGCCACCGGCUCCUUACUACACCCCUCCAAACCCAGCCAUGACCCUGGCCUGUCCCCCGCCUCCCCCCCAGAUCUCCCACCUGUCUCCCUACUAUGAGCCCCUGUCGGCGAAGUUGCCGGCCGCCUCUCCAAGGCUCACGCACUCCCACUCUCUUCCUCUCCCCCACUCGGACUCCUUCCCUUCUCCCCCCUCCCAUGCGGCGCCCUCGUCCCCAUUCCACCGCCUGUCCCUCCCCUCUCCAUCUCCCUCACCCGGACCAUCAGUGUCGGUCCGCGUGACCCUGCCGGGACACAAGGGGAACCAUUUGGAACCAGAGGACUUCAGCCCACUUUGAAGUGUUACCGCAGACGGAAGUCUUCCAGGGGACCUACGCUCAUCUUGGCAUUGCAGGUCAAUGGUUGUCCUGUGCUCUCAAUUUACAGUACAUUGCAGUCCAGUGACUCAACGGAGUAAUUCGUUUUGAUCAUAAUCACUCUGUUCUAAUAAAAAAAGGCAAUGUAGAGGCAGGAGAAUGACCACUGAGAGAGAUUUAUACACCACAGAGAUAUAUGUUCUUGGCAAUUCCAGUGGAACCUAGAGGCUCAAUUCAACAACAACAACAGCACGAACCCAUAAAUAAACACAUGAAGAAAUUCCCCUUUCCACGUUUGAAUUGCAUUCCUGUCCUCCCUGUGGUUGAACAGGGCAGCUGGUGUGAAUGUGUAUAAGGCUCGUUGUUGUUUUUUUAAACAAUGCAAACAAGAAUUUUGUAGCCGCGUUGUUGGUGUUGAACUUGGAAAAACUGGGGUCUAACACAAUUGAACAAUUUACAGUUUUCUCGUCCUCAAGACAAAUGGGAAAGAAAAAGUAACAGCUUCAAUAACUGGUUGAAAAUCAAGUUUUAAUAUUGUAAAAAUCAUUGUCACCAAUAAUGAGAAAUAACGGUAGCAAAAAGGAAAAAUCAAAUCAUAAGACAUAUGGAUCAUCAUCGGAAACAGAACAUAUUUACACAUUAUAUCUCACACUUUAAGAGUCAAAGCAGUUGCCUUUCUGUCACAUCAUGUAGAAAGAGAGCUGUUUAGACCAAAAUGAUAUGAAAGCUCUAUAUGUUACUGGUAUAUGCUUGGAUUUAUUAGUUGAUUCACGAUUCAUAGUAUGCAUGAGUGUAACUUCAAAUGGUCAAGUAUUGUUGUGUUGGGCUGAAUACAAAUGAUUGCAAUUCUCACAAAUGUGGAGGUCAAUACAUUUGACAAAGUUCCACUGGUUAUCACUUUUAUUUCGGUGUGAACACACAUCUACCCGUGGCAUGUAUAUGGACUUUAAAUACAGGCACAGAUUUACCAAGCACUUUGGAAACCGAGGGCAUUGUGUUGUAGUUACAGUACACUCUGUUUAAUUAGUGGCAUGUUAUAUAAAGUCAGAACAGAGCAGGUGACAAUACCAACAAUACAAUAUCGAGGAAAAAACAA